AUGCCACAAACAAAUUUAAUAACUAUUUCUGAUAUAAAGAAUUGUUAUGAAAAUAAUGAAGAUAUAACAUCAAUAGACAAAUUAAAAACCAAAUUAAAUGGUCUUAUAAAUGAAGGUGAAUGGGAAUUUACUGAUAUAAUGGAACACGAUUAUUCAUUGGCUCCAAUUGUGGACUGCUUAAAGUAUUACAUAGCUGGUUGUUUAACUCACCAAAUAAUUAAAAGAAGUUCUUGUCCAAAAUGUAAAUCUACUGUCACAAGUAUUGAAUGUUUCACCUUUGAGGCUGAUUUGACAAAUAUAAAAUCUAGGGGAUGGCUGAAACAUCCAAAUAAAUUAUUGUAUAAAUUAUUGAGUGUUCUUGAAGAUGAGUUGAUGAACAAUUUAAGUAAAACAAGUGUUUUUGAAGACACAGUAUAA